AUGAGAGUAUACCUUGAUCUGCCGUCAAAUAAGAGUGGUCGUAGUCCAAGAAUACCGGCUUGGCGUGGAGGUCUAGGAAGGGAUGCUGAUGUGGUGGGAAGACUUGAUACUGCAAGUAUUGCAGCAGCUAUGGUGCACCAUUUUUUCCAACACCUGCACCUCCCCCCCCCCCCCACUGCCACGUCUGCCUCUGCCACCGUGGGUGUUGUUUCCUCUGCCUUAGUUGGUUUUCUUGUCGCGAUUGCAAAACUUGCAAGAAAUUUGAGUCAAUUGCAAUAUGCGGUGGUUGUGGAGAAAUCUUCUAAGUUUGUGUUCGUGAACAAAGUUUCAAGAUAUACUGUCCUAAAGGAGAUCAACGACCUUGGCAAUUUGCCCACAAUUCCAUUCUAUUCAAAACCCAUUUUCCCAACACCGGCCACACCACAAGUGGUUAAUGGUUUGGUUGGUCUUGGUCACUUGCACUUGCACUUGCACAUCACAAUCAAACUCACCACCUUAAAACCCAAGCCAAGUAUCCCUCCAACACCACCUUCCACAAAACUCAACACAAACAUUCAAUUCGCUUCCCUCCACUCCAUGGCUCUUAUCACCUCCCAACCUAAAAACCCCAUUUUCCAUUGCUGCACCACCCUUCACCGCUCAAUUCCUCGGUUGGAUACUAGCACUGUCCUUGGUCUUGGCUCCAUUAAAAACUUUAACUUUAACCAAAAGGAAACUAAAAUUUCCCUUAAAAACAACCCCUUUACCUAUAAUUUGGCAGUGACAGCCAAAGCCAAGGCCAAUGCAGCAUCUGGAGAAGGUUUGGAGGCAGAGGAGGGGUCAUUCAAACGCAGAAGGAUUUUGUUGUCUGAAGUUGAGGUGAAGAGAGAGAGGAGUGUUUUUUUUGGGAGGAAAUGGAACUCUCUGGAUGUUGGCACUGCUGGAAUUAUAUUGGCCAUGCAUGUGCUUUGCCUCUUUGCUCCAUUCCAUUUCAAUUUGCCAGCUUUUUGGGUGGCUUUGGCUCUCUAUGUUGUCACUGGCCUCUUUGGCAUCACUCUUUCUUUCCACAGGAACCUUUCUCACAGGAGUUUCAAGCUUCCCAAAUGGCUUGAAUAUUUCUUUGCCUAUUGUGGGGCUCUGGCACUUCAGGGGAACCCAAUUGAUUGGGUGAGCACACAUAGAUACCAUCACCAGUAUUGUGAUUCUGAGAGAGACCCUCAUAGCCCCACUGAAGGGUUCUGGUUCAGCCAUAUGAUUUGGCUCUUUGAUUCCAAUUCUAUCAUAGGAAGGUGUGGAGAGCCAAACAAUGUUGGUGAUUUAGAGAAACAACCUUUUUAUAGAUUUCUCCGAAGCACUUACCUUGUCCAUCCUUUUGCUUUGGGAGCCCUUCUAUAUGCAGCAGGAGGAUUUCCUUUCCUUGUUUGGGGAAUGGGAGUGAGGAGUGUUUGGGUUUAUCACAUAACCUGGUUUGUAAACUCAGCAUGUCAUGUCUGGGGGAAUCAGGCUUGGAAUACCAGAGACUUAUCCAGAAAUAAUUGGUGGGUGGCGUUGCUUGCAUUUGGUGAAGGUUGGCACAAUAACCACCAUGCUUUUGAGUAUUCAGCUAGACAUGGACUAGAGUGGUGGCAACUAGACAUGACUUGGUACGUUGUGAGAUUUCUCCAAGCUAUUGGGUUGGCCACUGAAAUCAAGUUACCCACCGAGAGUCAGAAGCAGAGAAUGGCAUUCAACAGUGAUAUUAUAACCACAUGA